GGCUGACGGCAAAUCGUAUUAUUACAAUAUUCGUACGAGAGAUACCACAUGGACAAAACCGGAAGGGCUAAAUGUAAAGGUCAUGGUACAAGAUCAGUUGGAACAGCUGGUGCAUGGUGCGUCGAAGCAAGCGGCGGCGCGUUCUACCACGCCUACUCCGUCAGGUAGUACACCGACCAAGAUUAGCGAAAACAGAAUCUCUCAAGGCGGCGAGCAAUCGUCGUCGAACAACACAGAUGCCAUUAAUCAAUUAAGUACAGCGCCUCCCGGAACCGGACCACCGCCUACAUUGAACGACACACCAGAUGUCAAUAAUCAAGCGUCCGAGACAAAUCAGUCAAAUGGCACAGCACCUACGACAGUCGCCAACACACCGCCGAUAAGUACACCAGCGGUAAAUACGAACAUGAUGCAACCGCCGCCAAAUAUGAUCCCUAUGCAGCACAGAAUGCCGAAUCAGUUUGGUAAUCCGAUCCCAACGCAAUUCGGAGCAGCGCCCUUCGGAAUGCCACCACCCGGUUUCCAACCCUUUGGCGGUUACGGGCCACCACAAACAAAUUGGGGUAUGCCACAAAUGCCCCAUGGUGUGAUGACAUCUCAAGCACCUGCUGAAGAUCCUGCCAUACUUGCACAGCUUGAUUCUGAAUUAGUAGCGGCUGCUAUGGUCUGGACCGAGCAUCGUGCACCGGACGGCAGAUUCUAUUAUUACAACAGCAAAGCAGGAGAAUCAGUAUGGGAGAAGCCACAAGCCUUGAAAGAUCUCGAAAAUGCGAAAUUAACAUUACGGCAGAAAAACGAGGAAGCAAACGUUGUCCCCGCUAGUACUGUUGUUCCUGCCACUGCCGUUACCAACAAUAACACGGCCGUUGAACCUAGCAAGCAAGAAAAGCCGCAAGAAAACGCUCAUGAAACCAAAGAUAGUACAAAAGAUAUCGAUAGCGCUAAGCCGAAGAAGGAGGAAAAUAUUGCUAAGGAACCUGCAAAGCCUCAAGACAAAUCUAGGCCAAUCUCUAGUACACCAGUACCUGGGACUCCAUGGUGUGUCGUUUGGACUGGAGAUGGACGGGUAUUUUUCUACAAUCCUUCUUCGAGAAUAUCGGUUUGGGAGAGGCCAGAUGAUCUUGUUGGUCGUCAAGAUGUGGACAAGAUGAUCUCAACGCCACCAGACGCGGUUGGUGCCCCGAAACCAGCCCGUCAGUCUGAUACCAGCGAGAGCAGCGAUGACGAUCAGCCUACACCAGCCAAAAAGAUAAAACACGAAGAUACCAAAAGCGCACCCAUCAAGGAAGAAGAGGAGAAGGAGGGGAAAAAGACCAUCGACAUCGGCAAGGAAGCUGCGAUAGAGGCCGAAGUGAGAGCAGCGAGGGAGAGGGCGAUAGUUCCACUGGAAACGAGGAUCAAGUCGUUCAGGGAUAUGCUUGCAGAGAAAGAUGUAUCUGCAUUCAGUACUUGGGAAAAAGAACUUCAUAAGAUAGUAUUUGAUCCGCGCUAUUUACUUCUAACGUCGAAGGAAAGGAAGCAGGUCUUCGAGAAGUACGUGAAGGAGAGAGCAGAAGAAGAGAGACGAGAAAAGAGGAAUAAAAUGAAAGAACGAAAAGAGCAAUUCCAGAAGCUUUUAGAAGAGGCAGGACUUCAUGGAAAAUCAUCAUUUAGUGAUUUUGCUCAAAAACAUGGAAGAGAUGAACGAUUUAAGAAUGUAGAAAAGAUGCGCGAACGAGAAAGCCUUUUCAACGAAUAUCUUCUGGAAGUGCGAAAGAGGGAAAAAGAGGAAAAAACAGCGAAACGAGAACAGGUGAAAAAGGAAUUCUUUGCGAUGCUACGUGAGCACAAAGACAUCGACAGGCAUUCGCAUUGGAGCGAUUGUAAGAAAAAGUUGGAAACGGAUUGGAGGUACAGAGUCGUAGAGUCGGCAAGCACGCGGGAAGAUUGGUUUAGAGAUUACGUUCGCCUGCUGAAGGAUGAGCGGAAAAAGGAGAAGGAGAAAGACAAGGACCAUCGGCACAGAGAGAAAGACCACAAAACGGACAAGAAGGAUAGGGAUCGUAAGGAUUCGGAUAAAGGUAAAGAAACUAAGUCCAGCAAGGACAAACCUGACAAAGAUAAUACAAGGGAAAAGAAGCAACGAAAGAGCGAAACAUCCACGGAGGAGAGCGAGAAGGAGAAAAAGGAUAUGGUGGUAGAGAAAGAAAGCGGGGAAAUUGAAGAAAGUGACGAUAAAAGCGUCAAAAAGGAGAAUGACGAAGAGGGAGAUGAGCAUUCCGAUUCGGAGGAGGAUCGCGAGAAACAGAAGAGAGAACGCGAAAGGCGAGUGGAAGCCAGUCUCAGAGAGAGAGAAAGAGAAGUGCAAAGGACUCUGGCUACACACCUUCGCGACAGGGAUAAGGAAAGACAACAUCACCGUCACACAGAGGCGGUUCAACACUUCAGUGCUCUUCUAGCCGAUUUGGUAAGAAACGGUGAUCUGGCGUGGAGAGAAGCGAAACGACAAUUGAGGAAGGACCAUAGGUGGGAGUUGGCCGAAAGUUUAGACCGCGAGGAGAAGGAACGAUUGUUUAAUGAACACAUUGAACAAUUGGGCCGUAAGAAACGUGACAAAUUUCGGGAAUUACUUGAUGAAGUAGGCGCAUCUACGGAACUUACUGCAUCCUGGAAAGACAUUAAGAAACUAUUGAAAGACGAUCCUAGAUAUUUGAAGUUUUCUUCUAGCGAUCGAAAAUGCGAGAAAGAGUUUAAAGAAUAUAUUAAGGACAAACUUGUUGCUGCCAAAGCUGAUUUUAGGGAACUCCUACAGGAAACGAAGCUAAUCACUGACAAGACAUACAAAAAGGUUCAAGACAAUAGUUCGCAUCUGGCAGAGAUCGAAGAAAUUCUCAGAAAAGAUCGCCGAUUUCUCGUGCUCGAAGCAGCAGCUGCCGAACGGACUCGACUGUUAAUGAGCUACUUGGAAGAGUUGGCACGUAGGGGUCCUCCACCACCUCCUACUGCUUCGGAACCAUCGAGAAGAUCAACUACAAAUUGAAGAAUGAUCUAUAUCGAAGUGUGAAACACAUAUGACACAUAACAGUAACAAAUGAAUGGAUUUAUAGCUGUAGUUAAAUUGAAUUACUUUACACACCGAAUUAUUGCCUGUAUAGGAUUCAAUAAAAUAUUUGAAUGCCAAUUAUACACACUUAAGAGUGUAAUGCAUUAUGAGAUAUUGUAGCGCAAGCAUAUAUAUUGUUGAAUAAUAUUAAAUGAAAUUAUUCACAGAGUGUCGGUAAACUUGUAUAACGUAAUUAUUUUACAUUGCAAGAAAUGUAUUCGAUACGCUUGUCUCAUCUAAACUGAUGUGAAUUAAAGUGGUA